AUGGAACCUCUUCCGGGUAGGCCAGGGAACUUAACCCCCGAAGAAGAAGAGAAGCUGCGCAAGUUCUGGGAGAUGUUCUUGCACGUAUGCGGCGUUCUAGGCGAGGAGGCCUCCGGCGAGGUGGACAAUGCUUCAGAGAGUCAGGGGAAGGCAAGCACCGCGGGAUCCGAAAAACCCAGAAAGAGUCGAAUGUCUAUUUUUAAGAAAAAGAAGGACAAGAGCAAGGAUGGCGCAGCGACUGCCAAGGUCCCCGCCAUGGAUAACAUCAAGGAAAACGACCCAGAAGAUAAAUGGGAUAAGAGCCACGAUCUGGGCUAUGGUCAAGCACGACCAUCCCGAUGCUCUUUACUACGGUUCCUGAGAGCCAGGAAAUGGGACCUCCAAAGGGCCCUCGUCAUGCUGAUGUCGACGAUGAAUUGGAGGUGUUCGGAGGCCCAUGUUGACGACGAAGUUAUGGCCAACGGCGAAGAACUUGCUUCUAUCAACGAGAAAACCGGCGAUGAAAAGACUAAAAAAGUAGCACAAGACUUUCUAGCUCAACUACGCAUGGGAAAGAGUUACUGCUACGGCACUGAUAAAACGGGAAGACCUAUUUGCAUUGUUAGAGCUCGCCUACACAAAGCAGGCGAACAGUCCGAGGAAGGCCUAGAACGUUUUACUGUUUAUUUGAUCGAGACGACGCGGUUUAUGCUUCACCCACCUAUUGAUACUGCUUGUGUCGUUUUCGACUUGACUGGCUUUUCCCUAGCUAACAUGGAUUACACUCCGGUGAAGUUUAUGAUAAAAUGCUUUGAAGCUAAUUACCCCAGAGUCUUGGUGUUGUUCUCGUUCAUCAGGCCCCGUAUCUGGAAGAUUCUUCGGGGGUGGCUCGAUCCCGUAGUUGCGGGCAAGGUCCAUUUCACAAAUACAGUCAAGGAUUUAGAGGAGUUCGUUGCUAAGGAGAGGCUACCCGACGAACUAGAAGGCACAUCUGGCUAUACCUACAAAUACGUAGAGCCAGUGCCCGGUGAGAAUGCCAAGAUGAAGGAUUUAGAGACAAAAGAGAAGCUUCUACGGGAGCGGGAAGCUCUCUACGAAGACUACGAAAGCAAGACGAUCGAAUGGAUUAACGAAACAGAUGCUACAAAGAGGGCCGCUAUCUAUUCGGAACGAAAUACGAUUGCUAAGAACCUAAGGGAGCAAUACUGGCACUUAGAUCCCUACAUCAGGUCAAGGUCUUUCUUCGACAGGAUAGGUGUUAUCAAGCCCGACGGGAGCCUUGACUACUACCCUUCGAAGAUCACAAACGGGACGACGGCCGCGUUGGCAGCGGGAGAAACAUCAGCUGAUGAUGUCGAUUAA